AUGGAAGCGGCUCAGGAUGCACGAAGUGAAGCGAGUUUGUCUGAAGAGAGUGAUGAAGAAUCUGUCCUUAUAGGGAAACAAAAAGAGGUAGUUGUUGAGGACAGUGAGCCCCAAAUCCCAGUGCCUCAGUACAGCGAAGAGGAACUGGACAAGCUGGUGGAGUUUGUGCAGAAUAUGACCACUCUUUUCGAUCUGCACGAGUCUGACUGGACAGAAGAUUGCGUGGAGACAAUCAGGAAGUGGUUCAUGGACGUCACAGAGCUCGUGUUGCUUGUGUUCUACGAUGGGAAUGCUCUGAGUGCUUCGCUGGGCUUUCCCGCAACGCCAGCACUGGACUUCACAUACUUUCUGCGACUUCCUGGACAAAUCUUUUCACUUGAUGGAUUCCACGAUGAAGUACAGUUUGGAACGAUGCAAGAAGUUGAUGGCUCUAUGCUUACUCUCAUGGAGAUCAUUUUCGCGCCCAUCUUUUUCGACUACGAGUCGUGGUCGGAGAGCGUCAAGUCAGCUUGUCUGGAGAGUGUCCACGGAUUCCUGGCCAGUGUGAAUCACUUGCACUAUAAAAUGGCAGGACUCACGGUGCUCUAUAUUCCUUCAGAAGGGAUGAAACUUGAGCCUCUGGAGGCGGUUAAGAAUCCGAGACUGCUGAAGCGACUAGAAGCUGUGGCCACGCAUUGGAUGUCUCAAAUCCGCACCGCUUUGUCCGACACUGACCAGAUGAAUCACGAUACCAUUUGUCCAUCCGACGAGUAUGAUUUCUGGCUAUACAGACAUGAGACUCUCCUGGCUCUGACCAUGCAGAUAAAGUGCCGAGAAGUGGGCCGCAUUAUGGAGAUUCUGGAGAAAUCCCAGUCCAUUUACCGGAAACAAUUGGCCAUUCUGUUUGAGGAGUGCCUGAUGGAGCUGGAGCGCGCGGAAUCCAAUUACAAAUUCCUCUCUAUCCUGGUGGCUCCGAGUCGAGAGCUGGAGAAUGCUGGUAGUCCACUGGACAUUCCUGCAAUGCUGCCCAAGAUCAUGCACUCUAUUUAUCUCAUCUGGACACAUUCCAGCUACUACAGCUCCUCCAAAGAGAUCACUGGCCUCUUCAAAGCGCUCAGCAAUCACAUCAUUCUCUAUUGUCGCACAAAGAUAGACACUUUGGGCAUCCUGCGAGGGCGUCCCAACGAGGGUGUUCGCGUCUGUCUGAUGGCUCUGGACUGCUGCAUCGCCUACAAGGAGAUCUACGAGAGCGUGAAGAAGCAGCACGAGGAGGGAGAGUGGCGAAGACUAGACGAGGCGGCAAUCUUCAACCAUGUUGAUACAUUUAUGCGACGCCUCUGCAAUAUGGUGGACAUUUGCGAGUCCAUGAUGGUUUUUGGACGCUACAAUGAGACACAGAAAAUCGCCGCGCCGCGCUUUGGUGGCACAAGAGGGCCUCAGUUCGAGAGUGCCUUCAGAGCCGUUGAGAAAAUGUACAAUGAGGGCCUGGAGGUGAUCAAGAGAGAGUAUGAAGUGAUCUUCGAUGUUCGCAACAACACUUGGCAGAAGACGAUGGAAGAAUUUAGAGGGAUGCUGAAGGAUCUCGAAGAGAUUGUGGAGAAUUGGAUGGAUCAGAUAUUCCAGACUGUGAAGAAUGUGGAUGAAGGAGUCGAGGCUCUUUGUGCACUGACGAACUUCUACAAUAGGAAGUCGCUGCAGAGUGCUUAUGUGACAAAGGUGGUGCUCGUGUGGAAUAUCCUAAUUGAUGAAAUCAACGAUACGAACACGUAUCUUCUGGAGAAUGCAGAGACGCGCUCGUCACUUCAUCCCAAGCAUGCCGGCAGGGCGAUUAUCGGAUCAAUUUGUCUGCAGAAAAUAGUGAGAGUGAAGAAUAUCCUCGUGGAGUCUGUCUGGAUGGUGGAUGUGCCGAAUUCAAAAGUAAUCCUAACGCAGUUUGAGGAAAUGGAGAAGAGUGUGAAGCUUCAGGUGCGCGAACUUCGCGACACAUGGGCGAAUUCUGUGAAGGAAGAAGUUGUUCAGUGUCUCAAUAGAGCUCUCAUGAUUCGCAGUGUCUCUCGUCCGGGAUUACUGGAGUGCAACAUCGAUAGAAAAGUGUUGAAUCUCUUCGAGGACAUCAUCUACUUCCAGUACCUGGGCUUUCCCAUUCCAAUUCAUCUGAAUCUCUUCUUCAGCCGAUAUGAAUCCACGAAACUGAUCUUUGAGAGUGUUGUCACGGUUGUGCUGGAUUACAAUAGAAUCCUCACGGGACUGUCAGACAAGGAGAGAUUGCUCUUCAAGGCGCUGAUUAAACUCUGCGACAAGAAAGUCACGAUGGGAAUUUACAAGCUGAACUGGACUGGAGAUUUCAGUGACAAUUACAUCCAGGAUUGUGUGAUGUACACGAGUCAAGUGCAGGAAUUUGUGAACAUCUACAAGAUGAGCAACAAUAAGAUCGUUGAGAUCAGCGAAAAGAUCUGCGAUCUGCCCAUUUUGCAGAUCUCCACGGCUUCUGCGGUGGAUCUGAAGAGCCUGGAGGACAAUAUAAUGUUGGAGAGAGAGAAGGCUUUCGCCAAAUUGACGGAUCUUUAUAGAGAAGUCGUGGAUCACAUCGUGACGGUGUAUCAGGGAUUCGAGGAUCAAAUGGAGAAUAUGAUGGACGAAUGGUCAAAGUAUGUGGAGAAGAUCGACGCUCUGCUGCUGGAGGCAUUCCACUGCAGUGUCAAGUGUGGGCUUGAGAGUGUCUUCACGCGCAUUCAUGGCGAUGGAACUCUCGGUCCGGCUCCGCUUGUCAAAGUGGAGGUGCAUCUCGUGGAGAAUCGUCUCUCCUUCACACCCUCCAUCGAUGACGUUCUCUCUGUGAUCCUCCAAGUGUUCUCCGACAUAAUGGUGGUGCUGAAGGGAUUUCCGCGCCUCGUGAAUCAUCUCAAUCUACCCAAGAUGGAACAUAUCAACAAGUUCCAUGAGAUUCUCACGAAUGAUGACGAAUGCCUGGGAAUUUUCUCAAAUAUCCAAGACGAACUGCGCCACAUGGAGUUCUGCUUGGCGGCAUAUUGCGACACUUGGACCCCAUUCCGGUCGCAGUGGGAACUGGACAAAGAUGUCUUCAUGGAGAGAUACGAGGCAACUGAUCCCACACCGGAAAUGUUUCACAUCAACAUCAAUCGCUACACCGAAGUGGCGAAUCUCGUGGCCAAUCAGGAGAAUGUCUCCAUUGUCGGCUUCCUCGCCGUGAAUUCCGUAAAGCUGAAGAACACACUCAUUCAGCACAUCGACGAGUGGCAGAAUCGCCACACGCAUCUGCUAAAGACGCGAUCGUGCUUCAAAAUUGAGGAGAUUUAUGCGUACAUGGAGGAAAUGGGAAGCACAAUCGUCGUUAAGCCACGCACAGCUGAAGCCAUGAGAGCCGCUCUUGAUUUGCACAGUCGACUCAUGGAUGAGGUGGCUGAGAAGGAGGCGUCUUUCCAGACCAUAAAGGACCAUUUCGCAACGCUAGAUAAGCACAACAUCAGCGUGUCUGGGAAAAUUCAGAAAAUGCUGUACAACUUGGAGGCCACAUGGAGCAUUUAUCUGGACAAGUUGAAAGACUCCGGCGAGAUGUUGAUGACGUCGAAAGAUCAAUUUUUCAUUGAAUAA